AUGUCCAACCUGCUGUGUAGGACAUCAGUUAGCCAAAGGGCAAGAUCCAGUGUCAUACCAAGGACGCUUUUAGUCCUCGACUCUGUUCGAUAUGCCUCUACUGGGACUACCAUUGAGAAAGCCCCCAGUAUCUCCUCGUCCAUAGCCCAGCCUCGGGCUACACCGCAGGCAUCGACUGCACCUGCCCACUCCGUUCUCCCCACCAAGACCCUCCUGCGGUCUCUCCUCGUGACAACCGUCUCCUCCCAUCGGGCCCUUCUUGUGCCUUGCUUAUCCAUUCUAUCUUUCCUUACCAAACCAAGGGGUGUCUUACUCGAUGUGGAUCGAAACCCUCUCAUCCAUUGGUUCCUCAAGAAGACUUUCUAUGAUCACUUCUGUGCAGGAGAACGUGAGAGCCAAGUCCGAGACACGAUUGGCCAGAUCAAAAGCACUGGACUCCGAGGCGUCAUCUUGACCUACGCUCGAGAGACUGUACAGGAUUCGAGCACAAAUCAAAUCAAAUUCGCCAAUAACCAGACCUCUCAAAGGGAUGCUAGUACCCAUUCAUGUGAAUACAUUCAGGCCUGGCGUGAAGGCGUACUGAAGACAGUGGACAUGCUUGGCGAAGGAGACUUUCUGGCCCCAAAGCUCACCGGAGCUGGUUCAAAAGUCACCCAGGCUUUUUCCUCCGGCGAGUCCGUCCCCGCACAAAUGUUCGAAGCCCUGGACGAGAUAUGCCAACGGGUUGUCGAGAAAAACGCCCGCCUCCUCAUGGACGCCGAACAGCAUUCCUUCCUCGGCGGGAUCCACAACCUCACCCUGGACAUGAUGCGCAAGUACAACCGAAACGGGAAGGCCGUGGUGUACAACACAUACCAGGCUUAUCUCAAGGGGACCCCGAACACAAUAGCCUCGCAUAUGCAGAUAGCAGAGCAGGAAGGAUUCACCUUUGGCUUGAAACUCGUGCGGGGAGCAUACAUGAGCUCUGACCCGAGACAUCUCAUCCACGAUACGAAGCAAGAUACGGAUAACGCGUACGACUCCAUAGUGCGGGGCAUCCUGCAGCAGCGUUAUCAGGGCUUUGGCGAGAAUGGACGCAGGUUUCCGACAACGGACUUGUUUCUGGCCACGCACAAUAUCGAGAGUGCUGUGGCUGCGCAUGAACUGCACCAGACUCGUGUGCAUGCGGGGCUUCCGACUGGUAGAGUGGAGUUUGGGCAGUUGAUGGGAAUGGCGGACGGGGUGAGUUUCGGGUUAUUGCAGUUGAAGGAUCAGAAUGAUGUGGCGCCGGGUGUGUACAAGUGCUUGACAUGGGGCAGUAUGGGAGAGUGUCUGGGUUAUCUGGUGCGGAGAGCAGCGGAGAAUCGGGAUGCAGUGUCGAGGACGAAGACGGAGCAUUUGGCGCUCAAGGCGGAGAUGAGGAGGCGAAUUAGGGCUUUGUUCUGGUAG